AUGAAUCUCCAGCUAAAUAUAGUGAUGGCAGCGUGACGCUGGAGUGUUGCGUGAUGCCAGUCUAUAACCUCGCUGAGGAUGCAGUUGCAGAAGCACUGACCGGAUUACUGUGAAGAGGAUCAGAUCAACAAGCAUCAUGGAUUGUUCUCAGUCUGGAAAUGCAGAUGCCACAAUGGAGACGGAUGUGAGCAUGAACACUGUGAAAGAUGGUACAGAUGUAGACAUAGAAAAGCAUGAUGAAGUCGUCCCCGUGCGUAAGGCAUCCUGGGAGCCCAGUGUGCUGGCCACCAUUGGAAAGGAGAUCCAUUAUUUCGCCGGUAAUGAGAUCAGCAUCUGGGAGUCUCUCGAUUCGUUUGGUUCUGUCAUCUGGCCAGCAGCUUUGGCUCUGUGUCGCUACCUUGAGUCCAACCAAGAGACGGUUGACCUUGUUGACAAGGCGGUGCUAGAGAUCGGCGCCGGCACGGGUCUUGUUUCCAUCGUGGCCAGUCUGUUGGGUGCUUGGGUAACAGCAACUGACCUGCCUGAAGUCCUCGGGAACUUGGGAAGCAACCUGUCCAGAAACACACGGGGCCGCUGCAGAUACACUCCGCAGGUGGCGGCGCUCUCUUGGGGUUAUGAGCUCGAUAAGACCUUCCCUCGUUCAGUCUACAAAUACGACUACAUAUUAGCAGCAGACGUGGUCUAUCAGCAUGACUAUCAAGCAGAAUUACUAGUCACCAUGCGCCACUUCUGCCAGCCGGGUACAACCCUCAUAUGGGCCAACAAGACCCGCUUCGAUUCUGAUCUAGUCUUUGUGGAGAACUUCAAAAAAACUUUCAACACCAUCCUGCUGGCAGACAAUGGAGAGGUAAAGAUUUACUCUGCCACCAUGAGAGAGGAAAGAGGACUAGAGACGUCAAAAGAGACUAAAGGGGAUGCGAGGAAAGGUGUGGACGAGGAUGAAAUGGUCAACAAAAAGACAAAUGAAGAGAUGAAUGAAGGAGAGAUCAAAUGGACAGAACAAAAGUUUGUAGAACAGGUUCAAGAAUAUGAAAAGAAAGAUGUAGAUUUUACAGAAGAGCAGACUACAGGUUAUGCUGAUGCCGAAAACCAGGAGGAUGGAAACCUAAACGAUAACGAUGAUGACGACAACACAAACCUUAAAAAUGAACCUGAGGAUAGUGAAGAAGACAACGACGGCUGCAGUGAGAUGGAUUCAGCGUUUGUGGAGCAGAAAUCUGAUGGAAGCACAGGAGGAGGGUAUAUGAGAUCCUGGGCACCGACUGUUUACAGCAGACCCGGGAAGGAAGUUUAUCAUUUUUUGGGCCAGGAAAUUACAAUUCAGGAGUCCAUCGAUUCUUAUGGUGCUACUAUAUGGCCAGCGGCACUUGCACUUUGCCGAUUCUUGGAAACGCCGCAGGGUCAUCAACACAUUGAUUUACUCGACAAAUCAGUUCUUGAACUUGGAGCUGGAACCGGAUUACUUUCGACUGUCGUCACAUUAUUGGGUGCCAAACUAACAGCAACGGAUUUACCUGAGAUACUAAGUAAUCUGAGAUACAACCUUAACAGGAACACGAGAGGCCGGCGGAGACACGAGCCCAUGGUCACAGAACUCUACUGGGGUCACAAGCUGGACGAGUUCUUCCCCAGAUCCACACACCAGUAUGAUUAUGUGUUGGCGACUGAUGUGGUCUAUCACCAUGACUUCCUCGCAGAAUUACUAUUCACCAUGCGUUACUUCUGCCAGCCGGGAACUAUUCUAGUCUGGGCGAACAAGGUCCGCUAUGCUUCAGAUCUGGGCUUCAUCGACAACUUUCUUAGAUAUUUUGAAAUCACACUCCUUGAAGAGUUGGAUGAUGUGAGGAUUUACGUAGCAACCAGCAAGACACCAGAGCAGGGAGGUGACCAGGUUCAAGAGAUGAACAAGGAAGAGGACGAAAAUUAUGAUGCUGGGGAGACAAACUCUACAAACGAGACAGGAAACAAUGCAGAGGAAGUGGAACUUCUAGAGUGUGAUGAUACUCAAACGCCAGAUGAGACACAAGUAGACAAAGAACUCCAGGAUUUGGAAAGACCUGCUGAGGAAGAAGUUGUACCUGCCAACACAGAACCACCAAAGCCCAAAUCCUGGGCUCCCACCGUCUACUCCACUCUUGGCAGGGAGAUCUACUACUUUCUGGGUCAUGAAAUCAAAAUUCAAGAAGCCAUAGGCAAUUACGGCGGUGUGGUAUGGCCUGCGGCACUGGCCCUUUGCCGAUUCCUGGACACCCCAACAGGUCGACAGCAGAUUAAUCUACUUGACAAAUCAACGCUGGAGCUCGGAGCAGGAACGGGCCUCGUCUCGAUAGUUGCCACACUUCUUGGUGCUAAACUGACGUCCACGGAUCUGCCAGAUAUCCUUGGUAAUCUGAGGAGUAAUUUGAACAGGAAUACCAGGUGGCACUGGAGACACGAGCCUCAGGUUACAGCACUGCAAUGGGGCUACAAGCUGGAGGAGACGUUUCCCCGUUCCACGCAUUAUUACGAUUACAUCCCGGCAGCUGAUGUGGUCUAUCACCACAAGUGCCUCGCUGAGCUUCUUGACACCAUGCUUCACUUCUGUCAAACAGGGACAACGAUAAUCCUUGCAAACAAGAUCCGGCUUCAGUCAGACCUGGUAUUUAUUGAGAACUUUCAGAAAGCUUUUAACACCACAUUACUGACAGAGAUGGAUGAGGUGAAGAUUUACUCAGCUACCAUGAGAAUCUGAUGACGUGAACCUCAAUGCACUGCUUUGAGAAGGCUUUCUGAGCUACACUGCUGGCACAGGAAGAGGAGGUGAAACUAUGUGGCUCUGGAUCACAUUUGUUUAAAGAACCAACGCCACACUGCAGACAAUUCUAGAGAGAGUAUAGUGCACUGUGUGAUGAAAAAGUUUGAUUGAUGAGGGUCAAAAAUUCCCUGUUUCUGGACACCCCUCCCCGUCUAAGUGACCAUCUGUUUAUCCAUCCCAAUGAUCCGAAGGAAUUUAUGAUGGUUUGGGAAUGUGUUUUUGUGUGGGACAUUGAAAACUGUUCAAAACCUAUGUGCUUUAAACUUAAAAUGUGAAACGUGGUAUGAUUAUUAAACAGGAUAAGGGAAGUUUUUAUUAAAGUUUUUACACGCGCAACACAUUUCAAGAAAAAUGUUAAAACAUACAUGGAAUAGAAACAAUGUAAUGACGGGUCAAGACCUGUAUUUAAGUGUUGUUAAACAAUUAAAAAACUAGAUAGAGUUUGUUACAAGUUAAAUAAAAAGAAAAGUAGGCUAGUGACCAUCUAUCUAAAACAAAAAAGGUAUCAGAUAUGUUUUGUUAAACAGCACAUAGCAGUCAAAAUCUUGUAACAUUACAAUUUAAAAACUAUUUACAGUUUGUUUGAAAGGAAAAGACAAAAUGUUGACUUAUCUUGCCUCGAUCUAAACAAAAAAGUAUCAGAGGCAAACGUCGAGCAAAACAAUUCUUGUCAAACCUUUUGUAGUCUACCGUUAGCUACAAUUUAGGAAAGAUAGUAUCACAACAGAAGAAAAAUUAAACGAAGAUUAAACGGUGAUCUAAAAAAGAAAAUGCAUCAGACGCGGUCGUUAAAAGACCAGCAUGAGAUAUUUGUCAAAAUCUACGUUGUACUCUACCAUUAGUUACAAUUUUUACAAGUUUGAGGUUUGUCACGAAGUUAAACAAAAUAAAAAGGUAUUCUUCCGUCAGGUCUCCAUCCUCACCCCAACACAUCCCUAACACCAGAGGCCACAAAGAUAGAUUUAAAAGUUGGAGUUAAAAUAAUUAAACAAAGUGAUGUUUUUAAUAAAUCAACAUAAUUUCUUAAUUGGCGAAAACAUUCUAGCAGAGCCGGAUUAUCCAUAAGGGCACUUGGGCCAGUGCCCAGGGGCACCAACCAUUCACAAAAACUAGGGGGGGCACCACAUGACACAAGCUUUAAAAAUAUUUUUCGUAAAUUGUUUUAUUAUAGACUUGAAAUUCUUGAAAGACCAUACAUAACUCGUUUAUGAAAACUAACUUAACAAUAAUAAUAAUAAUAAUAAAUUAUAAAUAAAUAAAGAUUACAUGGUCACUGUCAGUCCCCCCCUUCCGUCCCAAAUCUGUCAGAGUUGAGUUGGUCCACAACAAGUACGCGCAAAUGUGUAUUUUUUUAACCGCUACAGAAAAUGAAUCAAAAUGGACAGACGUCAAUUGAGUGGUUUUGCAAAAAGAGAGUUAAAGACAAGAACGCAAGGCGUUUAGCUAAAAUUCAAAAUGUUCCAGGGAUCAAAUGUUUUUUUUUUAACCGAGU